CCCAGGUGCUGACGGGGGUGCCGGGCUCUCCGGGUCACAUGACUCUCCUCCAGUUUCCCCCCCUGCUGUGCGCUGGAGACGGAUUCUCUCACUCCAACUUUGACGGCUGUGUGGAUUCUGCACUGAGCACGAUAACAGCACUGAGGGGGGGGCUAUCUGAGGGGGUUGGGCUCACUGACCAAUCAGAGCCCUGAGGGGGGGGCUCACUGACCAAUAAAGAGACCUUAAAGAGCUGCAGGACGUGUUAUUUAUGUGUGGGUCCCUGAAGGCAGCAUCCCCCUGGUCCUUAUGGCCCCUGAAGGCAAUAUCCCCCUCGUCCUGAUGGCCCCUGAAGGCAGCAUCCCCCUGGUCCUGAUGGCCCCUGAAGGCAACCACCCCCUGGUUCUGAUGGCCCCUGAAGGCAGCCUCCCCCUGGUUCUGAUGGCCCCUGAAGGCAGCAUCCCCAUGGUCCUGAUGGCCCCUGAAGGCAGCAUCCCCAUGGUCCUGAUGGCCCCUGAAGGCAGCCUCCCCCUGGUCCUGAUGGCCCCUGAAGGCAGCAUCCCCCUGGUCCUGAUGGCCCCUGAAGGCAGCCUCCCCCUGGUCCUGAUGGCCCCUGAAGGCAGCCUCCCCCUGGUCCAAUGGGAUCCGUGUGAUUUAUCUUUAAAAGCAUGAAUGGAUUUGAAGUUUAUAAACCGAGUCGUUAAACUUUAUUAUAAUGAAACUCUUUGAAUGAGUUCAGUUUGAAUCUGUGUGAUGAAUUAAAUCUAAUAUUUUCAUUAAA